AAAAGUCUGCCAAGAGAUUGUUUUAUGACUUGAUGUUUGAUUAAAACAAAUUUGAAAAGAUUUUUUUCUUUUUUUGUAAUAUGGAUAUUUAAUAUAUAUUAUACAUAUAUAUUUAAAAAAUUUUAUAAUGUUAUUCAACGAAUAUUUAAUAUCAAAAUACAGAAAGUUAGGUUAAAAAUUCGAAAUAUCAUAAAUUUACUGUUUACAUGGCAACCAAAGUUAGUUCAAUUCGUUCUGUAGACAUUUUGAUGUUUCUAGUUUGAAACAUAAUUUUAUAUAUAUUUUGAUAAUUAUUUAAAUGGUUACUCGUGUCCUUUCGCCUGAUAAGUAAAUCGUGAUUUAUAAAAAUGGCUUGCAGUUAGCCGCUUUAAUGUUAAGACAGAAGGUUGAUGUUAGGCCCUGAUGUCUGGUCCAAAUGGAAACGAAUCCGUUUGGAGAUCAACUCAUAGAAGACAAAGAAGUAACAGCGAUCCUCAAGCAACAGCACAGGCUUUAGCACAACUUAAACAUGAAGAAGGUAAAAUCACAAAUAGCACCAUGAGAACAGGUUCUUUAGGUUCUAAUUCUCGAACAUCAACAAAUACCCCAAUGGAGGUAAAGCAAAGUAGAUUGUCAGCAUUAGGCAAACUUUUCAAGCCAUGGAAAUGGAAGAAAAAGAAAAAUGACAAGUUUGAACAAACCUCAAAAACAUUAGAGAAGAAAUUUAAUACGAGAGCUACAAAAGAAGAGCUUAUUCAAAGAGGUGUUCUAUUAUCAGAUGGAGAUAAAAUGAACUUUUCAAUUAAAGAUUCCAGUGAUUUAAACCAUGUUCCUCAAGUAAAUGGAAAGGUAGCUAUUGAUGAGAUGCCUGCUGAACCUACAUCAAAUAAUUCAUUUAUUUCUUCAACACAGCAAGAAAUGUUAUGUUACAGUAUAGAAUCAUCAGUUCUGUCAGAGAUAUCAACUAUGAAUUUGGCAGCAUUGGAGGAAGUACCACCAAGCGAAGAAGAAUCUAUUGUAGUUCCUUCAGGAAAUGAUUCUUCAAUACCUGUAAAUGAUAUAGGUCCUAUUCCACCCCCUCCAAUGUUUUCUUCACCAUCACCAAUAUUAGGUUCAAGAUAUCAAACAGUAGAAGAAAUUCCAGCCAAAGAACCUCAACUCUCUGCAGUACCUAAAAAAAGUGCUCUAAAGAAACGAAGCAGCUAUUCUUAUUCUUCCACAACAUUAGUUCCAAAAACCACUACUUUUUCAGCUUCUUUUGCAACAGUCAUACCAUUUGCAGAUCAAAAUAGAGCAGUUGAUAAAUUAAGAGUUAUCAAAGUACCAAUAUCUGGAAGUUCCUCAUGUGAUGUAGAAAACAAAGAAAAUAGGCCUAUACCAUUUAUUAAUAUUACUCACGUUGCUGGUACCUACAGCGAUACUAUUGGUGAAAUUGAAUUCGAUAUGGAUAGCUUAAUUCUAUGGCGAGACUAUUAUGGUGAUGAUGAACAUUGCCGACUGGUAGCCAAAAUGGUUCGAAGAGAUUUUCUUGCACUAAAAUUAGCUCAAAGACCUGAACGCCAAGAACUAAUCGACAAAAAUAUCAUUCAUUUACAAACAGAAAAGGAACGACAGGAAAUAUGGGAAGCCGUAGGAAAUCAAUUAAUAAGGCGGCUUAGUCUCAGGCCAACUGCCGAAGAAUUAGAACAAAGAAAUAUUUUAAAGAAUCAAACUCCAGAAGAAAUGAGAAAAGAAAAAGAACAAAAGAAGAAAAUGCUAAUUAGGAAGCUGAGCUUUCGUCCCACCAUUGAAGAACUAAAAGAGCGGAAAAUCAUUCGUUUUAAUGAUUACGUCGAGGUCACCCAGGCUCACGACUACGAUCGCAGAGCAGACAAACCGUGGACACGUUUAACUCCAAAAGAUAAGGCAGCGAUCAGGAAAGAACUGAAUGAAUUCAAAAGUCAGGAAAUGGAAGUUCACCAGGAAAGUAGACACCUCACAAGGUUCCACCGACCCUGAUGCCAGUAGACGUUCGGCGUGCAAUUCCAUACGUUCGACUUCCCGUUUUGUUGGAGCGGAAGACCGCAAGGCAGGAGCGACCGGACGACUUCGAAAGGAACGCGUUGCGCGCGACCGUCGCCCGGCGCGUAGAUAUACAUAUUGGCAUCCGCCGGGCGCCGCCGUUUCCCAUUCGAUAUCCUAAAAUUGGGCCGGAAACGGUCUUCGUUUAUCGCGGUCGGAUUCCGGCCGGAAAAUAAGACGUUAGUCGAUCGUAGUCCGUCACUUAAAAAUCGCCGCACCGUCUUCUCUCGCUACGAAAGUUUUCCCGCUCGAACCGGCGUCGCGCGCGGGCGGCGCCGAAAACCGUCGAACGUCGAUUUUCGAACCCGACGCUUCGAUGCACUUUGUUACGUCUGAUUUUUCUCGAAGAAACCUUUUACAAUCUAUUUGCUUUGUAAUCUUGUUUUUAAAAUAAGACCGUUUCUAUAACGAAAAAUCAAACCGCUAAUUAGAGGAGGGCGUGAAAAUCUUCCGUUACGUUUAAAAACAUUCAAAUUAAAAAACUAAAAACGCCAGCUGCGGGGUUAAUGUGAUAUCGGAAAACGCAAUGCUGAAUAUACUGCUUAAGGACAGGAUGGCUGACACCCUUGCGGGGAAAACACGAUUCAGGGACCAAAUUGCCGACGCAGGGAUGCGACCAGAUUUUUUUCGUUUUUCGGUGCCGUAUUUUCCGUUUUCCCGCGCAUCCGACGUAACGCCGUUGUUUUUUUUUAAUUUGUAUAGUUUUAAAUGACUUAUAUCGAACGUUUUCUUUUUGUAUGGGAUUUUUAUAUUGUACAUAGACGAAAUAGUUUUCGUUAGCGUGUAAAUAAGUUUGCGAUUUUAUUCGAACAAAUUUCCAGGGACCAGUCCCUUGCCGCGCGCGCGGUCGGAUUUUUUUCCUUUCUUACCAGGCUAAUUUAUUCGAAAGUUGCACCACCCGCCGCAAACUCGAGGAUCGUUUCGGGUAUAAAAUUAGUUUCGUCGAACAAGACGUUUGUAGAAGAGACCGGUGACUUCCGAUUAAGUUUUCUGUAGUCUGCUAGAAAACCCGAGCCACGUUUGUGGCCUUCCGACGCGACCAAGUUAAUUUAUUAUAUAUUUUAUCGGCGUUGAGCUUGCGGAUUAAAAAAUAUAUUGUUGAAUUGGCGUUAAUUAAUCGAGCUUUUAAGUUUGUUAAAACGUUUUAUCGGAGCGCGUUUUCGUUGUAAAUAUAUUGCAUUUGAGGCCGGCUUUCGAUACUUUCGUCACUCGAUUAAAUGGGCGCUACCCAAACGUUUUGUUGUUCCUAUGCAAUCCGAUGAUUUUUAUCCGAGCGUUAUUGGGGUCUUGGCAUACAAUCCGCAAUAAAAUUGUUACCGUGCCUUAUCCAUUAAUUAAUUGAGGAACCGUAACAAUAUAUUGUUGUACGACGACAAAAGCGGGCCGAUCAAACGACACGCGAGCUACAAAGAAAGAGGAAAGCGAGAGAACGCCGGUGUAGCAGAUCCUGUCCCCAACAGUGCAUUGAGUAAUCUUCGUUCCUUUCCUUUGCUAUGUACUAGAUGUGUAGUUUUAACCACGUAUUUUUUAGAAAAACAGUCUGUUGUAGAAAAAAUAUAUGGCUGGCUUGCUCAUUCAAAUUAUAGAACCGUGUAAAUAAAACUAAAAACAACACAAAUUUUCCCAUUAUUAUUUAAUAUUCUUCCCGAACACAUCAUUUGUACAGGUUGCAUUCAUUAGGAAAAUUUUUACCGUCAUUUUCUUUUUAUGUAAAAAUGCUUAAAAAUAAACUGUACAUUGUUUUCC